CUGCUGUGACGUCACCCUCUAAGCACCGCGCGCAGGUAGCUCGCGUGUAAACAAUAACAGAGGCGAGGAGAGCGUGGACGACGCGCGGAGAGCUCGGGACCAAACAAAUGCUACAUCUCCUCGCGCUGACCAAACCCGGAGCUCGUCGCUGCGCAUUUCACAGGGAUGGCAUGUCUUAUGGCAGCCUUUUCAGUCAACAACACUACAGUGACCAACUCCAUCAUAAUGAAUACAAAUGGACCUCCCGAUCUCAUGCUAGACCCCAGAAGCGUGUGCGUGUCCAUCGAUGAACUGAUGUCCAGUCACGUCGGCGGUCAGCAGACGCCGCUGUUACACGGACACCUGAAGAAAGUGGAGAACAAUCUGACCGAGGCCCAGCGCUUUUCCUACCUCCCCCGCAGACCCGCGGUCAACAUCGAAUUCAAAGAUCUCUCGUACUCAGUCCCCGAAGGACCGUGGUGGAGAAAAAAAGGUUACAAGACCCUUCUGAAAGGGAUCUCUGGGAACUUCACCAGCGGUGCUUUGGUGGCCAUCAUGGGACCCUCUGGUGCCGGGAAAUCUACAUUAAUGAACAUUCUAGCAGGUUAUAGGGAAACAGGCAUGAAGGGGGAGAUCCUGAUCAACGGGCAGCCCAGAGAUCUGCGAUCUUUCAGGAAAGUGUCCUGCUACAUCAUGCAGGAUGACAUGUUACUGCCGCACCUCACCGUACAGGAAGCCAUGAUGGUAUCAGCUAAUCUUAAACUCCAGGAAAAGGAUGAAGGCAGACGUGAAAUGGUUCGCGAAAUCCUGACCGCUCUCGGUUUGUUAGAAUGUGCCAAAACACGCACAUCCAACCUAUCCGGGGGUCAGAGGAAACGUUUGGCCAUCGCUCUGGAGCUGGUCAACAACCCACCCGUCAUGUUCUUCGAUGAGCCCACGAGUGGUCUGGACAGCUCGUCCUGCUUCCAGGUGGUGUCUCUGAUGAAGGCUCUAGCUCAGGGCGGGAGGACAGUCAUAUGCACAAUUCACCAGCCCAGCGCUAAAGUGUUCGAACUCUUCGAUAAGCUGUAUGUCCUCAGUCAAGGCCAGUGUAUUUACAGAGGAAGAGUAUCGAGCUUAAUCCCGUACCUUAGAGAACUGGGACUCAACUGUCCCACCUAUCACAACCCCGCAGACUUCAUAAUGGAGGUGGCCUCUGGUGAAUACGGGGACCAGACGGCUCGGCUGGUGAAGGCCGUUCAGGAGUGCAAGUGUGAGAAAGACUACAAAAGCGAAAUGAACGGUAACGGGAUUCAUAAUCCCUUCCUGUGGCACAGACCUUCCGAUGAGGACUCCUCAUCGUCAGAGGGUUGCCACAGUUUUUCUGCCAGCUGCCUGACGCAGUUUUGCAUCCUUUUCAGGAGGACUUUUCUCAGCAUCAUGAGAGAUUCGGUGUUGACUCAUUUGCGCAUCAUGUCUCAUCUCGGGAUUGGGAUUCUGAUCGGUCUUUUAUACCUGGGCAUUGGCAACGAGGCCAAGAAGGUUCUUAGCAAUUCCGGGUUCCUGUUCUUCUCGAUGUUGUUCCUCAUGUUCGCGGCUUUGAUGCCCACCGUCCUCACAUUUCCUCUUGAGAUGGGCGUCUUUCUGAGAGAACAUCUAAACUACUGGUACAGCCUAAAGGCUUACUACUUGGCCAAAACCAUGGCAGACGUCCCGUUUCAGAUCGUGUUCCCAGUGGCCUACUGCAGUAUAGUGUACUGGAUGACCUCUCAACCUUCAGAUGCAGUUCGCUUCAUACUUUUCCUGGCUUUAGGGACACUCACGUCAUUGGUUGCACAGUCACUGGGACUGUUGAUAGGAGCGGCAUCCACUUCAUUACAAGUAGCAACUUUUAUCGGCCCUGUGACGGCCAUCCCGGUGCUGCUGUUUUCAGGUUUCUUUGUCAGUUUUGACACCAUUCCAAAAUACCUCCAGUGGAUAUCAUAUAUUUCCUACGUCAGAUACGGCUUUGAAGGAGUCAUUCUGUCCAUCUACGGGCUUGACCGCGAGGACCUGCACUGCGACAAAGACGAAACAUGCCACUUCCAGAAGUCAGAAGCCAUUUUGAAGGAGCUGGACGUUGAGGACGCAAAGCUCUACCUGGACUUCAUUGUGCUGGGCAUCUUCUUUGUGUCUCUGCGUCUGAUCGCCUACUUCGUCCUGCGAUACAAGAUCAGUGCUGAGAGGUAGACUUGUGAAAGACCCGAUGGACCGUCGAGACUUUCCUGCCCCGGGGAGGGCUAGGCUGAGAAAGCCAAAGCAGAGAGGGCUCGUUCCCUCCACACCGGACCGUAACCUUUUGCGUGCUUUUAUAAGAAAACAAAAGAGCUUAGAACGCCACAGUUUUGGGGCUCAACUAAAAUCGUGUACGGAUAGAGAGAGAAAGACAUGGCCACGCUGAAGAAAACUCAUAGAAACUGAUGAAAGACUUUCACGGGAAAAGUAGUUUGCGCAGUUGUAUUGGAGAGCCGGCCCUUGUGAAAAAGAAGUGUGUUUCAUUAUGCACCAGUGUACAUUUAAAAAAGCCUGUGUUUGCAGAUAAAAGGCUAUAUUAUUAAUUAAACUAAAUACUACUUAAGAGAGCACAUUUAAGUACACUUUUAAAAAGUGCAUUUGUAAUAAUGUCAAAUCGACUCAAACUGUAGUGUGCUAUUUGAUGUCGCAUUCAAAAAAACCUAUUUUAAAUGUGCUAAACAUGACAAGCAUAAACAUGAAAAUGUUGAGUGUAUUUUAUUUCGCCAUAAAUGCUUUUGAGUACAUUUAGCAUUAGACUUUAACCAUAUUUCAUUUACAGCAGAAGUACAUAAAAUGGUGUACUUAAGCUAGAAAAUGAAGAGUCCUUUUUUUCGAUCCACGUAUUACAAAUGUACACAAAUGCAGUUUGAUUUAACUGCAGUUAAAAUGUUUGAAAACGGUGCAGUAUAUUCUUUUAAAUUAAAUAAUUUUUUCAAUGAGUACUGUUUUUAAAAAAUAAGCUAAAGCGUGCUUCUUUUUCACGAGGGUGCCCAGGUUGAGCACAUAAAUGUAGAUGCAUUUGUUCGUAUUUAUGGUCCGAUGUAAAGGACAAUAAUUAAUUGCUGGUCUACCUGACAUUCCUUCUACAUUACCGCAAAAAGCUCUCAUUCUGUUGGUAAUGGCUGCUGCUCUUGUAGUGGAAUGAGAACCUAUGAAAGACCUAUGCGUUCGUAUGUAACUGGGUUUCAAGCCCAUCAGUGGAACAUAUAAAACCGUAGUACGCACAUUAACAGAACACUCCAAAGAGAACUAAAAGUCUGGAUGACUGGAUCUGAUGAAUGAAAAAUGCUUUAAAAUCUAAUUGUAAAUUGCCACGUGUGUAAAAAAGAGUUUCUUGAACCCUUUCUGCCAUUGGUUGAGCAAACAGAUGUUGUAAAAAGAAAGUGGCUUGCUGGGUGAUUUGGCAUGCGGUGACAUUUAAUUCAUUCUGACAUUUUGGGAGCAUACUUAAAAAAACUGAACAUUUAUUUUAGGAUUUAAAAAGUACAUGCAUCAGCACAAUAUAGCAUGUUUGGAAAAUUGGUCAAUAGAGUUGAAUGACUUUUGCCUGUGUUUAUGGGGCUACCUUAUGCACAAUACGUCCAAUAAACCAUCUUCGUAUGCAAUAAGAAUUCUGCCAGCUUUUGCACAAUGCAUGGCUUUUAUUCGUUCGUUCAAAUGUCAGUCGUUGUAUUUCAUCACCGUAAAAUUCCUCCAUUCAGAAAUGCAUUUUUUUUUUUGGUUUACGAUUUUGUGUUUACUCUUCUUUAUGCCUUUGAUUCUCCUGAAUUAUUGAUUCGAAGGUCAUGUAAGUAAUCAUAGAGGAUCUCACACACCCCCAUGUGGCUUUUAUCAACCAAACAAUGUUUUAUUCACAUUAAAGGGUCGUUGAUUAUUGCUUUAUUUCUUGACAUCUAUGCACAGAUUUCAUGCUUUCCGGUUAUGGGACAAUCGAAGAAAAUAACUUUAAUUGCAAAGUCAAUGCAAAAGUAAAAAUGGAGACAAAAAUAAAAAAAAAGAAUGUUAUUUAUUAUCUGUGUUCUUUGUAUUAAUGUCCACGUUGCAUACGUUUAGUGACCUUCGAUCUUUGAAACAUUGCAGGCACAAUGUGAAUGCUGAGCUUUAACUCAAGUGUUAUGACCGUCAUAAUCAUACCAAACCUUUGCUGUGGACCUUGAUGUGAAAAUCCAUGCAAUCUUGCUAGAUAUAUUACCACUGUUCCGUUGAUAUUUCUGUGUAGAACGUAGGGCAUACUUUUAGUUUAUUUUUAAAAAUAUGUUAAUGGUAUACUGUUUUUAUUAUUUAGUUUGCUUCUUUGAAUCUUGCACUUACAAUAUGAAAUUUAGAAGUUGCUAUAGACGUUUGAUGCUUUAAAUUUGCCACAUUUGAAAUGGUCUUCUAUGAUAUGUUUCUGCUACAGAAAUUGUUACAUUUUAGAUAUAAUAAUAAAGAGGUAUUGUUU